AUGACCCCACACUUGAGUCAAAUUUCCUAUAUAGGCUUGGAAGCUCAACUUAUUUUCUCCUAUGGCAAGGACAAACUCAACCAAGCAUUUGCAUUGCUCUCUAAUUCAUCAUUUGAUAACAAUUCAAGUACUAAUGCUUGGUACAAACAAAGUGUUGAUCGUAGCACUGGAAAGCUACUUGGAGAUGUAGUCAAAUUCAACCCAUUCAUCGCUACUAAUUCAAGUUGGUUUAGAGAAUUAUCCUUGAAUAGCAUGAAUGACUCUUAUGCUUUUUUGGGUACCAAAUGGGACAAUGGUCAAGAUCUCUUGCUCCUAAAAUCAUCCACUAUUAAUCAAGGCAAUAAAGGGCUCAUCAUUUUGGGAUUUCUGGUUAAGGAGUUGAUUGAUGUGUACUAUUCUGAGGUCAAUCUUGUUGGUGGGAGCUUGUAUUUGGCCACCAAAGAUGACCAAGUGCUUGUGAAUGAUGGGAUUAAAGGGACUCAGGUGAAUUUUGAUGUUGCAGUGGAUAAUGAUAAUAAUACUAGUACUAUUUCUGUUUCUUUUGAAUUGGUGAAACCAAAUGGUCCUGUUGGAAAUGUUACAUGUCAUCCUUAUAAUGAGACUUCAACAAAAAAAGCUACUGUUGUGAACAUUCAAGGAGCCAAAUAUAAUUUUUAUUGUUCUUCACUUGACUUGAUCGGGGUUCAAUCGGUUUAUGCACUAGCACUCCCACAAAGUGGACUGAUCGAGUUUAUUGAUAAGCACAUUAUGGAACAACUCAUUCUCCUCAUAUCAAUAAUGGUUACAGCCAUAGUCCCCAUUUUCUACUUUGUUUUCAAAAACUUCAGAGAUUCCAUAAUAGAGAACUAUUUGCGAGCAACUCUUAUAAAACAAAUGGAGGCAACUAAACAAGCUCAAAAGAAGAAUGAAGACCAAAAUCUAGUCUUUGCUAGAGCCAGCCAUGACAUUCGUGCUCCUUUGGCUGGCAUUAGUGCUCUCAUAGAUUUGUCUUAUAAGGAAGUUGCUCCUGGUUCUGAACUUGAAACUAAUUUAAGACAAAUGGAUGCAUGUACUGAUGAUCUUAUAGGUAUAUUGAACACCUUUCUUGACACAAGAAAAAUUGAAGCUGGAAAGAUGCAGUUGGAAGAGGAUGAAUUUGAAAUGGCUCAACUUUUGGAAGAGGUAGUUGAUUUUUACCACCCUUUUGGAGCAAAAAGAGAAGUUGAUUUGAUUUUGGAUCCUUGUGAUGCCUCUGUGAUCAAGUUUUCACGUGUCAAAGGUGAUAGAAUAAAGCUUAAACAAAUUCUACGCAAUUUGCUAAGUAAUGCUAUAAAAUGUACCCCAGAACAUGGACAUGUAGUUCUUCGAGCUUGGGCUAAAAAACCAAGUUUGACAAGUUCAACCAUUACUUCCUCGAAUAGAAAAAGUAUAAUUCAACUACUGCCAUGCUUGUUUUACAAGAACAAAACUCAUAAGGAAGACUCUGACCAAGCCAUGGAUACGGCCAUGAAUGAUCCACAUGUUAUGGACUUUGUGUUUGAAGUGGAUGAUACGGGGAAAGGAAUCCCAAAGGAAAAACAAAAGGAUCUUUUCGAAAACUAUGUGCAAGACAAAGAAACUUCUAUACUUAAAGAAGGCACUGGCUUAGGACUUGGCAUUGUCAAGUCAUUGGUACAGUUGAUGCGUGGAGAAAUUGGUAUUGUUGACAAGGACAUUGGCGAAAAGGGAGCUUGUUUCAGGUUCAAUGUUCUUCUCUCUGUUUGUGAGGAUGCGUUUAACAGUAAUAAUAGUACUACAAAAGAAAAGCAUGAUGAAAUGGACAGUAAUGAGUUGAUAUCUAAUGACAUUCGAACUCCGAAUUUCAGUCCUACUUUGAAUAUUCUUACUCAAAGUCCCAAGGUUGAUAGAUCUUAUGUUAUACUAAUGAUUCAAAGCCAUGAAAGAAGAAGAGUUUCACAGAAGUUCAUGAAGAGACUUGGGAUAAAAGUUUUUGCAGUGGAACAAUGGGAACAACUUCCUAGUAUUCUAAAAAAAGUAAGGUUUAUCAAGUAUGGGAACAACAAUUCUGAUUCAAGCAAUAAUUCAUCAACAAGCCAGAGUCCUUAUCUUGGUGUUGAAGCAACAAAUAAGGAUGCGGCGACUUUGAGUAACACUGUUGUAGAUGGAACAAAUUACAUACUUUCUCUCUUCAAAAGGAGUACUACUAAUCAUCAUUAUCAGCGUAAAACAGGCGGGUUAGCAGUGAUGGUGAUGGAUGCUACUGCUGGACCAAUUUCUCAACUGUCUAAGAUGGUGAGUGAAUUCAAAAAUAGCCUUCGAAACAUCAGUUCCUGCAAAGUUGUUUGGCUAGUAAAUCCACUGUCUCAUACCAGUUACAACUUUCUCUUUCAACAAGAUGACAUUAUCAUGCACAAGCCAUUUCAUGGGGCUCGUUUGUAUCAAGUGGUGGGACUUCUUCCUGAGUUUGGAGGUUCUUCAUCAUCACCUACUAAACAACUUAGAAAAGUUUCAACCAAGGAUCGUUCUAGCUGCAAUGCUGAAUUUGAAAUUCAAGAAGUUGGUAGUACAAGUAAAGUGAUCCCAUCUUGUUUUAGAUCAAAGACUCAAUUUCAAGAACUGACCAGUUCAUUAAAACAUGGAGAUUCUAUGACUCUGCCUUUUGAUUUCAUACUGAUGGAUUGUGAGAUGUCUAUAAUGGAUGGAUAUGAAGCAACUAGGGAGAUAAGAAAAGUUGAGAAAUCAUAUGGUGUUCAUAUACCAAUUAUAGGACUAACUGCUCAUUCACCAGGUUCUGAGGAAGCUAAUCAGACAAUACAAGCUGGAAUGGACGCUUGUCUGAGUAAACCCUUGAAGCAUGACAAUCUAUUAGAUGCCAUCAGAUACAUUAAAUGA